CGCAGUCACUUCCUGAUCUGUGUUGAAAGGCAAAAAAAAACACAAUUUAUUUGUCAAAACUUGUAAAAUCGUACUUUUUACUCAGAAUAUUUCAAAAUUAUGGAUGCAGGAGACGGUAUUAAAGAAAGGGUCAUGUGGAAACCGGAUCGAAGUAAAGUGACAAAAAUGGAUUUGUUGAGAAAACGAAUUAAUGAGAAAUACACUGUGAAACUAGAGUCAUAUAGAGAUUUUCACAGAUGGUCAUGUGACAACUACCCUCAGUUUUGGGAAGAAGUCUGGAACUUUACUGAAGUUAUCCAUUCUCAGUCUUUCACAACUGUUGUUGACAAGACAAAAAAUAUAUCUGAAAUACCAGAGUGGUUCAAUGGUUCCCGGCUCAACUUUGCAGAAAACCUGCUCAAGUAUGAUGAUGACAGGAUUGCAAUUUAUUCAACAGGUGAGGGUAGAGACACUGUGGAGAAGAUCACCUUUAAGGAGCUCAGACAGAAAGUGGCGAUGUAUGCAUCUGCAAUGAGGAGAUUAGGGGUUCAGAUAGGGGAUAGGGUUGUUGGUUACAUACCAAACUGCCCGGAGGCUGUUAUAGCAAUGUUGGCUGCAGCAAGUAUUGGAGCAAUAUGGAGCUCCACAUCUCCAGACUUUGGUGUUGUGGGAGUGCUGGACAGAUUUUCUCAGAUUCAGCCUAAGUUGAUAUUCAGUGUAAAUGCAGUACAUUACAAUGGCAAAGUGCAUGACCAUUUGGAGAAACUGGAAAGUGUUGUAAAUGGUUUACCUGACCUGGAGAAAGUUGUUGUGAUCCCCUUUGUUCCUUCAGCUUCCUGCAAUAUCUCAGACAUUAAAAACAGUACUAUGCUAGAAGAUUUUUACAAAUCCGGUCUAGUGGAUGGAAGCUGUCCUCCCCUAACAUUUGAACAAGUGCCAUUCAGUCAUCCCAUGUAUAUAAUGUAUUCCUCGGGUACAACUGGAGCACCAAAGUGUAUGGUUCAUUCAGUAGGGGGUACGUUGAUGAAACAUCUAGAGGAGCAUAUGAUACAGAGCGAUAUGACCAGAGAUGAUAUAAUGUUAUAUUAUACCACAGUGGGAUGGAUGAUGUGGAACUGGCUGGUUUCUGUCCUAGCUGUAGGAGCUGGUAUUGUUUUAUAUGAUGGUUCCCCACUCAUUCCACAUGCUAACAUACUCUGGGAUAUCAUCGAAAAAGUUGGGGUAACAGUGUUAGGGACAAGUGCAAAAUGGAUUGCUGUAAUGGAAAACAAGGAAUUAAAACCAGGUACAACCCACAACUUGAGCAGUUUAAAGAUGAUUUUAUCCACUGGUUCCCCGCUCAUGCCACAGAGUUAUGACUAUGUGUACAGAGAAAUAAAACAAGAUCUUCUGCUGGGAUCUAUAACAGGAGGGACUGAUAUUAUUGCCUGUUUUAUGGGUCAGACGUGGACAGAGCCAGUCUACAAGGGAGAAAUACAACAGAUGAUUCUUGGCUGUGAUAUGAAAACUUUCGAUUUAAAUGGCAAGGAAGUUUAUGAUGUUGAUGGUGAAUUAGUGUGUUUAACCCCAUUCCCCUCAAUGCCAACAAAGUUCUGGAAUGACCCACAAGGACUUAAAUACAAGAAAGCAUACUUUGAUGUCUACCCAGGUGUUUGGGCACAUGGAGAUUUUUGUCGAUUCAACAGUAAAACAGGGGGCAUUGUAAUGCUGGGUCGAAGUGAUGGCACGUUGAAUCCAAAUGGCGUAAGGUUUGGAAGCUCCGAGAUCUAUCAUAUAGUGGAAUCAUUCAAGGAGAUACAAGAUAGUAUUUGUGUAGCGCAGAGAAAACAGGACAAUUCCGAGGAGCGUGUCAUAUUGUUUUUAAAAAUGGCUCCUGGAAGUCAGUUCACACAGGAACUUGUGUCCAAUGUGAAAACUUGCAUCAGAAAAUAUCUCACCGCAAGACAUGUACCAGGUUUCAUUCUGCCUUGUACAGAUAUACCUUAUACAAUAAGUGGGAAGAAAGUCGAGGUGGCAGUAAGGAACAUGAUUAUGGGGCAGGAAGUAGUACAGAAAGGGGCACUUGCAAACCCGGACUGUCUUCAACAAUACUCAGACAUUCCAGAAUUACACGGCUACUAGGCAUACAUGCUCUGUUUUCUGAAAUGUCCUGGAAAUAAGUGCAGUGUUGUGAACAGGUGGACAUCGUUGAAUACUCAAGAAAGUUAUAAAUUUCUCAUCAAUACUAAAAAUUAUUAAUCCUUGGGAGUUUUGACUUAAGUCAAAUAGCAAUCUUUGGUAGUAGUGUAGUGUAGCACUUUUAGAAUACAGGGUAAACGGGAACUUUAAUUUUAGAGGUAUUAUAGUAAUAUAAAAGUAUUGUUGUGUUUUUACAAGAUGUUGGUACUUUGUUUUUUUUGGAUUCUGUUGUAUGAAUAUAUGAAUUUGUGUUAUUUAUUGAGGUUUAAAAUGUUGCCCUUGGCUAGAACAAAAUUUAGAAAUAAAAUAGAGACAGUUCUUUCAUCUGUUAAACCUGGGGAACAAAUUUUAUGUGCAGUUUUUUUGUACUUCAUGAGCUUGCUUUACGUUACUCAUUGAAAGUAUGUAAAUUGUUAUUCUAAUAUGGCUUAGUUUAUUUGUCUGUAAAAUGAAGAAGGGCAUCGGGCAUUGCAUAUUCUGUGAUAAAGAGCAGUUCAGGCGCGGGCCAGUUAGAGAAUAUAAUGGUGUCAAGCACGACAUCACAUUGUUACAUGACACCCAGUUUAAUUACUACACUGAUGGGUGAAGUUCAGCAUAAUUUUCAUCAAAAUGGUUUUAUGUUAGACUAAAAAUGAAUAAUGCCAUCCGAUAAACGAGACUUCAUUGUUCAGAUGCUUGGAUAUUUGACAUCUCAGGCCAACACCCUAAUGGUUCCAUUCUUGCACAUCUAAAAUGUGAACUCAGGUCAAUCAGAUGAUAAACAAAAUGAAGGCAUUGAAUAUUUAUCAAAACGGCUGUGACUAAAAAAGGAUCUGGAGUGCCUGUGAUAAAUUACAGACUCCGAUAUAUACCAGAUUCAAGCGAUUUAAAUGAUAAGUAUCUGUAUUUAUUUUGUAUCCAUGGUAAUCCUAACCCUAAACUUUAGUCAAUAUAUAAUACAUACUAAUACACUAAAUGCAUGCGGACAUGCAAUAAUUUGCGUACUUUCGCCAUGCGCACCAAUUGAUAAUCACUUCCGGACAUGUGCAGAAGACCUUUCCAGAUCUGCAGUGAGCAACAUCGUAGCAAAAUAACCUUGCGUUAAAAUUAAUGUCACACAUAUAUGUCAGCUUUUUUAAGAAUCUUAAUGCUUAGUUAUAUUUUUUAUAUCAUUUUAUUGUGUUUCUUUUAAAGAAAAAUGUUGAGUGUAUUGCAUAUUGUUUUGUUUUUUGUUUUGCUGACUGUCUGAUAAUAGUGAGGUUAUAAAAGUGUAUCAAAACAAAUACUAUAAAUAGCACUUGAAGAAAGUAUAAAAAGGUUUAGCUGUUUCAUUACACACAGGGGUUAUUAAAUUUCUAACAUGUUGUAAACAUAAGUAUACUACAUUAAAAUAGAAAUACUAGCAUCAUUUUCUAUUUAAAAUUGCAAUUUUCUAAAAUUAUGUUAUGUUUCUUCAUUAGAAAAUGUGGUUGGGAAUGUGUUCUGAAAUUACUUGUAACCUAACAAUCUCAAGUUAUUGAAUUACGUAUUUCGUAAUUAAGCCACAUUUAAAAUGUGCUCAUUUUCUUUCAUGUAUGAUAUAAUUUUGGAUGCAGUCUACAGUAAAAAACAUUUGAAAAGUAAAUGAAAAUAAAGCAUUGUAACUUACCUGAUAAAUGUU